AAACACGGUUCAUUGGCACCGGGAGCGUCCGUGUCAAUUCCUAUCGUCCGUGGUGGAAUUUUCCUCUUUAUUUUCUUCAACUUUUAGUCAUCAUGCAACUUCCAAGAUUGCUCCUGGCCUUCGGGGUCGUCGUCGGCGCUGCAGCCGCAGGAGAGCGACACGAGUGCGAGCGCCAGUGCGUGGCGGGCGACACACGCACGUGCAAGUACGAGUUCAACAUCAUCGAGUACCACACGCUGAGUCGGGCGUGCUACGACUGCCCCAACACCCUCAGCGACUGCGCGCGUGAGGAGUGCAUCGUGGCUGAUGGCGCCUCGAGGCCGCUGCUCACCGUCAACCGCCAGCUGCCGGGGCCCGCCAUCCAGGUGUGCGAGGGCGACCGAGUGGUGGUGGACGUGCACAACACGCAGUUCUCGGACACGGACACGAUCCACUGGCACGGACAGCACAUGCGCGACUAUCAGUACUACGACGGCGUGCCCUUCGUCACCCAGUGCCCCAUCAUGGGCUCCUUCCGCUACGACUUCCCCGCGGCCACGCCAGGCACUCACUGGUGGCACUCGCACGCAGGCGUGCACCGCGGGGACGGGCUGUUCGGGGCCCUCGUGGUGCGGCAGGCGGAGGACAGCCUGCAUGGCGCCUACGAGGUCGACUCCCCUGACCAUGUGCUGAUGCUGCAUGACUGGAUUCACGGGAGCACCAACGACGAGUUCCUUGGCUUCCAACACAGCAAGUCCAUGGGCGUCGCCAACACGAUCCUCCUGAACGGCAAAGGCAGGGAUUUGCACGCUGAGAGUGAGGGUCGGGAGGUUGUGAACACGGCCCUUGAGGUCCUGCAAGUGACUCCUGGCCUUCGUCAUCGCCUCCGCAUCGUCAGCGCCUCCAGCUACAUCUGCCCCAUGGCCGUCAGCGUCGAUAAUCACAAGCUGACGGUCAUAGCUGUCGACGGAGCGGAUGUCGUUCCUCGCACUGUCGACGUUCUGGAGAUCAUCUCAGGCGAAAGAGUCGAUGUAGUGUUGGAAGCGAAUCAGCCGGUGGGUAACUACUGGAUUCAGGUUCACGGACUUGUUGAAUGCAGUACCAAGGAGUGCAUGCAGGUGGCAGUCCUACGCUACGAAGGCGCACCCGACACUGAACCGACGGAACAGGUGGAAUACAACCCUAAUCCUUCUGGCACUAUUCUUAACCCUCUGUUCCCGACGCCUGUUGAGAAUGCGGUGGACAUAGUCGACCUGGAUGCCCUCACUCCGUCAGUCCUUCCGGAGGAGGUCGACAAGCAGUUCCACCUCAUGUUCAGCAUGAACGGAGUCAACAACUCCUUUUUCUUCAACCAGGAGCUUUAUCCUUUCAAUGGCGUUUCACCAGAAUGGCAGAGGAAUAGUCCACAGGUGAACGACCUUACCUUCGCGUUCCCUCAAGCCCCGCCCCUUUCUCAGCCCAACGUCAACAUCCCGAAACUCUGCCUCUACGGCCAGGACGUGUCGCCGUUCUGCGAGGGCGACUUCUGCCAGUGCACGUACGUCGUGGAGGUGGCGCUCGGGGACACGGUGGAGAUGGUGCUCGUGUCCCAAGGCUACCAUCCCUUCCACCUCCACGGUUACUACUUCCACGUGGUCGCCAUGGGAGUGAUCGGCCCCGGCACAACUGUUCAGGACGUGAUGGACUUGGACGCAGCAGGAGGCAUCACCAGGAAGCUGCAGGAUGCCCCGCUGAAGGAUACGGUCCUGGUGCCCAACGGAGGCUACACGAUUAUCCGGUUCACAGCUGACAACCCGGGCUGGUGGAUCAUGCACUGCCACUUCAUGUACCACUCGGAGAUGGGCAUGGCGGCCCUCUUCCACGUGGGCACCGAGGAGGACCUGCCCCCCGUGCCUCAGGGCUUCCCCUCCUGCGGGCCCUUCAUGCCUGAGAUCUAGGCUCCUGACGAGGCUCGUGUGGCCUGAGUUAUAUAUAUAUUUUCUCUGUAUAUUUCCCUUUGUAUAAAUGUAAUAUUAAGUGGAAUUCGUUCU